AUGGCGAUCGUCACCACGGUCGGUAGAUACUCCGGACACGUGAGGUUGGACGCUCACCUAUCACCACUAUUAUGUGGCCUGGCCGUACUAAGCCAGCUAGGCUCCGUGGUCACCGCCGUUCCCCUGGAGUUCAAGUACCAAAGGGUGAUCCAAAACACCUCUUCCGAAGGUCACCGGGGCGCUGUGGCCAGUGAGAGCGCCAUAUGUUCAGAGAUUGGCAUCGACACCCUCCGCAAGGGUGGUUCGGCCGCCGACGCCAUGGUAGCCACCACUCUCUGCGUCGGCACCAUCGGCAUGUACCACUCUGGCAUUGGCGGCGGCGGUUUCAUGCUGGUGCGCGACCCGGAUGGGAACUAUGAGACGGUAGACUACCGCGAGACCGCGCCCGCCGCCGCCACCAAGGACAUGUACAACGACGACCCGAACGCCAGCGUCAUCGGCGCCCGCUCCGUGGCCAUCCCCAGCGAGCUGCGCGGCCUCGAGUACGUGCACAGCAAGUACGGCCGGUUGCCGUGGCACGACCUCGUUUUGCCCUCGGUCAAGAUCGCCCGGGACGGCUUCAAAGUAACGGAGGACUUGGUCCGGUACAUGACCAGCGCCUCAGUAUUAGACGACUUUUUGACCCACGACCCGGUCUGGGCCGAAGAUUUCGCUCCCAACGGCACCCUUCUCGGGCUCGGCGACACCAUCACGCGCAAACGAUACGCCAAAACCCUAGCCAAAAUCGCCCUCUUCGGCGCCGACGCCUUCUACACCGGCCCGAUCGCCGACUCCAUCAUCGCGCUCCUGCAACCUCUCGGCGGCAUCCUCACCCACGCUGACCUCGCCAACUACGAAGUCUCCAUCAAGUCGGCGCUCAACAUCACCUACCGGGACUCCUUCCGCAUCUUCGCCACCGACGCGCCCUCCUCCGGAGCCGUGACCCUCUCCAUCCUCAAAACCAUGGAACAGUUCCCCUCCUCCUCCCUCACCUCCGACGUGCCCUUAACCAACCACCGCUUCGUGGAAGCCAUGAAAUUCGCCUACGGCGCUCGCCAAUCCCUCGGCGACCCAACUUUCAUCACCAACGUCACCUCCUUCCAGUCCUCCAUGCUCUCCCCCUCCACCGCAAAGCUCAUCGCUUCCAAAAUCCUCCCCAACUCCACCCUGCCGCUCUCUGAGUACGACCCAGCAAAGAACUACGCCGCCGAAAGCCACGGCACCUCGCACAUUGUCACCGCGGACCGCUCCGGCCUGACCGUGUCCUCCACCACCACUCUGAACCUGCUCUUCGGCGCCCGUCUCAUGACGCCCGACACCGGCAUCAUAUUGAACGACGAAAUGGACGAUUUCUCCCAGCCCAACAAGAACAACUCGUUCGGCUUCGUGCCUUCGCCCAAUAACUUUAUCCGCGCCGGCAAGCGGCCGCUUUCCAGCAUCUGCCCGCUGAUGGUCGAGCACGUUGGCAACGGCAGCUUGUGGUUCGCUACGGGCGCUGCGGGAGGAAGCAGGAUCAUUUCGUCCACGACGCAGGUGGCGUUUAAUGUCUUGGAAGGGCUGGGUGUGCAUCCGAAUACCACUACAGAGGUGGUAAAGGCUAACGGGGUGGGUGGUGAGGGAAGCGUGAUGCGGGCGGCGGUGGCGGCGCCGAGAUUGCAUGAUCAGUUGAUGCCUGAAGUGUUACUGGUUGAGCAAGGGUACGGACAGGACGUGUACGAGGAUUUGAGGGGACGGGGGCAUAAUGUUACUUGGCAGGCUCCUGGGUUGAGCGCGGUGCAGGCGGUGAUGAGGUUCGGGAAUGGAACGUUUGUGCGGCGAGUGAGACUAGGCAGGUUAAUAGUGGUGGGUUUGCUGUUUAGAUGA